AUGAUAGCUCAGGGCUGCCCGCAGGAGCAUCCAGCCUCAGCAGCCCUGAGAGGAGAGCAGCGCCAAGGAGCUGGGCAGGGCGAGAUGUGGUCCUCUGCUUUGUCCGUCUUCGGCCUCCUGGCCUGGGCCGCCUCCGGCCUCCCCCCGCAGAGCCCCCAGGAGGUCUCCAUCUUCUCCGACUUGACUCCGGCGGAGCUGCGGGCCGUGCGGGACUUUCUGAUGGGCCGGCCAGAGCUGGGCCUCCAGGCCGAUCCCGCCAAAUCCCUGGCCAAGAACAGCCUCUUCUUGGUGGAGCUCUUGGUCCCGAAGAAAGGGCGCGCCUUGCAGUACCUGGAGUCCGGGGGGCGCCGCCCUCGACGCCAGGCUAGAGCCGUGGUCUUCUUCGGGGCCGAGGCGCAGCCCAACGUCACCGAGUACGUGGUGUGGCCCCUGCCUGCGCCCACCUCCUACCGCCCCUGGGGGAAGCCGGCUCCCUUCGCCGCCCGGCCGAUGUCGCAGCUGGAGUUCGCGCUGCUCUCGCAGAGGCUGGAGGAGAGCCUGGCUCCGCUGCAGAAGUUCCUCCGGGACGCCUCGGGCUUCGGCUUCGGCGACUGCGGCGACCGGUGCCUGACCCUCACGGAGGUGGCCCCGCGUGGCCUGGCCUCGGGCGAGCGGCGCACGUGGCUGAUCCUCCAGCGCUUCGUGGAGGGCUAUUUCCUGCACCCGGUGGGCCUGGAGGUCCUCUUCGACCACCGGGCGCUCGAGCCGCGCCUCUGGCACGUGCAGAAGCUCUGGUACAACGGGCGCUACUUCAGCAGCGCCGAGGAGCUGGCCCAGCUGUACGCCUCGGGCGGCGUGCCCGUCGUGCCUCUGCCGCCGCACCCGGAGGAGAGCCUCUUCUCCACCUUCGUGCCGCGGGGGAGCUUCUCGGCGGGGCCCCCGACGGACGCGCACGGCGCCAAGGUGUGCGAGCCGCAGGGCCGCCGCUACUCGGUGCGCGGCAACCUGGUGGAGUACAGCGGCUGGAGCCUGGCUUUCCGCCUGCGCACGUCCACGGGGCUGCAGCUCUUCGACGUGCGCUUCAACGGGGAGCGCGUCGCCUACGAGGUGAGCGUGCAGGAAGCCAUCGCCUUCUACGGGGGGAACACGCCGGCCGCCAUGCAGACCAAGUACAUCGACGUGGGCUGGGGCAUGGGCUCCGUGACGCACGAGCUGGCGCCCGGAGUCGACUGCCCCGAGGGCGCCACGUUCCUGGACGCCCACCACCUGUACGACGCCGAGGGCCCCGUGCGCUUCCCGCGCGCAAUCUGCAUCUUCGAGCUACCCACGGGGGUCCCUCUGCGCCGCCACUUCGACAGCGACUUCCGCGGCGGCUCGCACUUCUACGCGGGCGUGGAGGGCACCGCGCUGGUCUUGCGCACCACGUCCACGGUCUACAACUACGACUACAUCUGGGACUUCCUGCUCUACCCCAACGGGGUCCUGGAGACCAAGGUGCACGCCACGGGCUACGUGCACGCCACCUUCUACACGCCCGAGGGGCUCCGCUACGGGAACCGCCUGCAGGAACACGUGCUGGGUAACAUCCACACGCACCUGGUGCACUACAAGGUCGACCUGGACGUCGCAGGCCUGGGGAACAGCUUCGAGACGCUGGACGUGGCUCUGGAGAACAUCUCUCUGCCUUGGGAGCCGAGCCGGCCGCUGGUGCAGCCGCGCCUGGAGCCUCAGCCGCGGCUCCGCGAGCGCCAGGCCGCCUUCCCCUUCGGCAAGCCGCUGCCCCGCUACCUGCUCUUCGGCAACCCGGGGAAGCCGAACCGCUGGGGCCACCGGCGCAGCUACCGCCUGCAGCUCAGCUCGCACGCCGACCGCGUCCUGCCCCGCGGAUGGCAGGAGGAGCGCGGCAUCACCUGGAGCAGGUACCCCUUAGCGGUGACCCAGCAUCACGACAAUGAGGACACCAGCAGCAGCCUCUACAUCCAGAACGACCCCUGGAGCCCCACGGUCAGCUUUGAGAACUUCCUCCAGAACGACGAGAGCCUGGAGGACCAGGACCUGGUGGCCUGGGUGACGGUGGGCUUCCUCCACAUCCCCCACUCGGAGGACAUCCCCAACACGUCCACGCCAGGCAACGUGGUGGGCUUCUACCUGCGACCCUUCAACUUCUUUGACGAAGACCCCUCUGUGGCCUCGCAACGCACCAUCAUCGUGCGCCCCUCUGAGCCUGGGGACAGGUCUGGGGUGCAUGUCCAGCGUUGGACCCCAGCCGACCCCAUGCCCUGCGUCUCCGAGGAGCCCUUCAGCUACAAUGGCACCUACUGGCAGGUGUAGCCCAGCCCCAGGCAGGAUUUGUCCCAUCUUCUUCCUCUCCACCCUUCAAACCC